AUGGGAGCGAAAAAUAUUUUGAAGCGUUAUUUGCUGAACGCGACGUUUCAUGGCGCGAAAUUUAUCGUCGAUGAGCAAUAUCACGUUUUGGAGAGGAUUUUUUGGGGAUGUUGCAUUCUUGGGUCGUGGUAUGGAGCUGCCUUGUUGAUUGAAUCGUCGUUUGACGCCUACCACACAAGCGCCAUUUCGUUCGUCGUGGAAACCUCCUACAAGGAUUGGAAAACGCAAUUUCCAGCAAUUGUCGUGUGCGAGGCAAAAAACAUGGAUCGCGUGCAACUCGUGGCCGAGCAAUUAUGGGGCGCCGAGCAUGAUUUCACCUUGGAAGAAGUCCUGAGUGAAAUGGCCUACUUUCGCGGCGAAAGCUACCAUGCCGUGCACGAAUGUGGCGACGAGGAAAAUGAUGUCAACUGUUUCAUGGGCAACUUUUCGUAUUACGCAAAUUUGGUGCGUUCCUCCUGCGAAGAGACUUUGGACAAUUGCUAUUGGAACAACAAAAAAUUCGAAUGUUGCAAAUAUUUUCAUCGCAUCGACACGGAACUGGGGAUUUGUUAUGCUCUGAAUUCGGUGCAAUCGAGACGUGGUCCCAUGUUGAAUAUGAUUUCCGAUAAAUAUUCAGGUCCAGGAACAUUGAAAAUCGACGUAUUUUCCGAGGCUUUUGUCUACACCUUUGGCGCUGAGGAUGUCCCAAACUUGGUAACUCCCAAAAGUGACGUCCUUCAAAUCGAUCAUUUUCUCCACUACAAACGCAAAAUUCUCAUCAAGAACAUUGAAAAUGACCUGAACACGCGUGAUGUCUCAAUUAGUCAACGAAAUUGUCGAUUCCGUGAUGAAAAUAUCCUCGAUGUGCAUCGUUACUACAGUUAUUCGGCGUGUUCGGUGCAAUGUCGGAAACGAGAACAACUUCGGAUCUGUAACUGCACGUCACAUCUGAUGCCGGGCACACCGACGUCGAAACAUUGUGACAUGAAUGGCUUGGUUUGUCUCAACGAGCAUUACGAGGAGUUGAGUGUUGUCAUCGCAAAAUGGUCCUAUGGGAGGAAAGGUGUCGUGUGUGAUUGUUUGCCGUCGUGCACGGAAGUUGAUAUCUCGGUCGUGCAUGAUAAUCGAGAAAUGUUAUACGACUACGACAAAACUUUCUCAACAGUCGAAAUAAGUUUAGCUGCCCUGCCAUCUGAACGUUACAAACGCAACGUCGUAAGAGGAAAACUCGACUUAGUCGUAAGCGUUGGCGGAAGUGGCGGCUUAUUCGUGGGCGCAUCCCUUUUAACAUUUAUCGAACUCCUGUACUACUUCACACUCCGUCCUUGUGGCGGCGGCGACGACGACGACGAUGACGAAGAGAAGCCAAUCAACAUAAAUGACAUCGAUUAACUCGGACUUACCUGUCACACAAGCACGUUGAU